UUUUACGUAUACGGGUGGAGCAGACUGGGCUAUGCAGCCAUGCAGUACUCUGAUGUCGUGUCUGUUGGCGGAAUUGCAAUUGUGGUCAUCGUGGGCCUACUGAGCUUCGCAGUAUUCUUCUGCAGACGAUCUGUGUCUUGGGUGGCACACGCGAGAAAGAAGACCAUCUUGGAUCUUCCUCCUCGUCCUAAGCAUCAAGUUCAUGCACGCUCUUCUCUUGUCCGUGAGAUUCGGUCACUGUUCACAAGACUUCAGCAGGAUUCGCCGUGUUCUGUUGCGGUGGUUUACGUAGAAGGACCUCCCGGUUUUGGUAAAACGCAACUCGCACGUCAAUACGCCGAGGACUUUUCUAUUCGCCAUCAUCGACAAGAUGUACUGAUAAGCACGCUUAAUGCCUCAACAAAACCAGAGCUUUUGGCAUCGUACAUUCGUCUGGCAGCCCAUCUUGGCAUCAAGGCUGAUGUUAGAGAGUUACCAGUUGAGGAGAGACUUGACAGAGGCCUUCAGAUGGUAUCCAGUGCUGUGAAGUUUGAGUUACGGAAGAAGCAAAAGUGGCUUUUGAUUAUAGACAAUCUUACCUCUGAUUUGAAAGUUUCUCUAUCCCUGAUUUGUGCAGGAGGUAGUGGGACUGAUGUUACAUACCUUCCCCAGUCAGGUGAUACAGACUGGGGGUGUGGUCAGGUGGUUGUAACCACAAAGGAGGGUGCUUUGGUUGAAAAAGCGGGCAGCCUGUUCUGUAACUGGUACACCCUGGAUCAUGGCUUUACGGAGAGUGAAGGAGCUCAACUCUUGAUUAGAAUAAGUGGGAUUCAUAAUGUGACCGAGGCUAGCAAACUUGCAGAAAAGCUAGAAGGGAUUCCUCUCGCAAUUGCUGCAGCUGGAUGUUACAUAUUAAAGGAAAGGGAUACAUACGGAAGAAAUUAUAGUUAUCAUCAGUACAUGAGGGAUUUGGAAAGGACACGCCGGGACUUUGCUGAGCAGCAGACCAAACAGGUCUGUAAUUACCCCUGGACACUGACCACUGCACUGAUGAUGUGUGUUCUGCAACAAAAACCUCUUUAUAAGGUAUUUUGCUUCCUUGGUAGCUGUGACCACGCUGCAAUGCCAAUGAGGCUGAUAUCUCGAGUACUGGGAGAACCGUUGGACGUGGUGACAGCAGCUAUUCAGGAAACAAGGGACUCGGUACUCCUCCACCUUUCUCACUGGGAGAAUGAUGACGAUAAAAUAGAAGUGGUGCAGACACACGAAGUGACCUGGAAUAUUUUGAGGGAAAUGUUCAUUAAGACUCCAUCUAGUGAUAAAGCUCAAGCGGAUGACAGAAAGUGUAAAGAGUGUCCCAGUCUUGCACAGCUAAUCAAUAUUCCAGUUCUGCACUGGUUUUCACUUGGCCUCAAGCUUGGACUGUCUAGUUAUGAUCUUCAAGUCAUUCAAGAUGACUAUCCACGAAACAACAAGUCCUGCAAGAGAGUGAUGUUUGAUCAAUGGCUUAGAACCGACCUGGAUGCAUCCUUUAAGAAAUUAAUCUAUGCACUUGAAGAAAUGGGCGAAUUCAAGAUUGCUAGCCAGCUUCGAAGCAUAUAUGGCCCAUCACCCGACUCAACGCAAGUCUACACUUGGAGUGAAGUGAAGAGAUUGCUGUGCCGCUUUGCCAACUGUCUCCUAGAUGAGAUCAUUCCAGAUGGCUCUCCACUGAAGGUGUUUGAACAUCGAAUACUGCCCCACAUUGAAUCACUCCGUCAAUUGAAGGACGCUGACAUGGUAUAUGAUGCUGACACACUGUUCAAACUCCACUACUCCUCUGGAUCAGCUUAUCUCAAUAUUGCACAGAGGGCAAAGGCACGAUAUGCACUUGAAGCGUCGCUGGAAGUACUUGAAAGGGGUUCUGAAGAGUUGAAUCAAUCACCUCAACCCCAUUUGGCCAAGUUGCAUCUAGGAGUCACUUACAGCCAUCUAGGAAUGCUUGAUGAAGCAAAGAGACAUUUCCAGGCCCUCCUGGAGGCACUGAGGAGCAGAUAUGGCGACAAAAGCCACUACAUGAUGGCCGUUGCACUGCACCGAAUUGGAGGGUGCCUGACACCACACGAGGAGUACACAGAAUCAGAGAAAUACUUACGACAAGCGUUGGCUAUAAUGGAAGAAGUGAAAGAUAGCAAACAUCCGGCUGUGGGGAACAUCUUGGUCAGUCUAGGAGAGCUCUUCAUCAAUGUUGAUGACAAGACUCACGAAAGUGUGCCAAUUCUGAGCCGAGCUGUGUCCAUAUUUCGACCAAUGAAAUCUUACAGGAGAAAUCUGGCAACAGCACUUAUUACCUUGGGCCAUGCCCACUGCUACUCUAAACAGCCUCGUGAAGCCACUGCCGCCUUCGAGGAAAGUCUCUCCAUUUCACGGCAGCUCUUUGGGGACAUUGGUGUUUACAGCGGACUAGCAUUUACAGGCCUGAGCGUUUCUCACCACCUGUUGGGCCACAUCAGAGAGAGCAAAAAGUUCUCCUCUAAGGCCAUUGAGUUUAUAAACGCCUAUCCUGAUAUACACCACAAUCGAGCGGCAGCUCUGCGGUGUCAAAACCUCGCCACAGUUUCCUGCCUCCAAGGAGACUCUGAUACUGCUACAUCACUCUUACAGAAGGCCAGUGAGAUCAUCGAAACCAUUCAGGACAAGAAAUUACGACUGUUCAAUGUGUUCUUGAGUGGAGCUAACAGUGCUCUCCAGGGGAAACUAGAGGAUGCAUUUCAGGAACUGAAGCUUGACCCACAAACGAUGGAGAAAGACUCUUCCCCUCUCUAAUGAGCGAGACCGUAUUAAAGGUGUAAUCCACUCCACAGCUCACAGUGUCCUCCUAUCAGCUCGCAUUCUAGUUUGUCUGGAACUGGGACGUGUUUCUGAAAGGAUAGCAAUUCAAAAGGUUCUCCAAUCUCGACCUAGACUGAGAAGGCUUUUGUCACCGGUGCUGGGCUUGCUAGAAGAUGAGGCAUCAGUCUCCACCAUACCAACCGUGCAUCUCCUAGCAACAGUUGUCAAUACCUACCUCACCAGAAAUCACAUCUCCUGGCCUGCGUUUGAAACUGCUCUGAGGGGUUUUCAUUGUAUGCAGAAAAAGAUGUAUGAAGAGGCUGAAAAAUGCCUACAAUCUGCUAUACUGCAGUAUGAAGAAAGUGUAGGUCCAAAACACUUGCUGACAAUCGAAACACAACUCUACUAUGCAAGUUGCAAGCAGUUCACCGAUGCUCAUGGAGCUUUAGAAAUAUUGGAGUGUGCCCAGCAAAGACUAGAUCGCAUGUCGUACAACAAUCACUUUCUCUCAGCUAAGGUGUCUUACCGCAGAGCCCUGCUUUGCCAGCAAGUUGGAAAGGAGGAACAAGAACGAGAAUACAUAAUGGAUACUCAAAGGAAGAUUCAUAGCUAUGGUGGUAUUGAGCAUCCUUGGGCAGCAGACCUCAUGUCUAAAGCACGAGUUCCCAGUGACCAGAAGAGCUGCCCUGAGACUGGUGACUAUGUGGAGAUAUACUGGAAAUUGAUACAAAGAGAGACUGAUGAAAGCAAAGUAUUUGCAGUGGAGACAGAAGUUGAACCAUUGAUUCAACAAUGGAGACAAAAGGCCGAUAAGAACAAAUAACUUCAAUUGUACUUGUAUCUGAACAAUGGAGUGCAUACGAUUAUUUUGUAUUGCUGUGUAAUAGUAUAAUAUAUAUAUAUAUAAUAUUUAU